CCAAGAGAUGGAGGAAAUUUAUGCCACUAUUGAACAAGCAAACCCUGUCUGCCAGGUUCCUGCAUCAGAUCACAGAGGAUCAAGCAGCUCUAAGAAGAGGCUCUAUUUUGGUGUCUUGAUCUUUUGUGCACUCCUGAAUGUUCUCCUGCUGGUCAAACUCAUCAUCCUGAGUCUGCAGUUAGCAGAUCUCUCCACCAUCAGAGACAAUCUGACUGAGCAUCUGCAGGACAGCAACAACAAACUUUCCUCCAUCACAGAAGAGAGAGACCUGCUGAAAGCAAAUCUCAUCAGGCUUGAGUGUUUGUCCACAAAAGAGAAAUCAUGCCCUGCAGGAUGGACAGUGUUCUUUAGCUCCUGUUACCUCUUCUCAACAAAGUCUGCUUCCUGGGAUAAAGGCAGAGAGGACUGCAGAGCCAGAGGAGCAGAUCUGGUGGUGAUAAAUAGCCUUUCUGAACAG